AUGUUUCGAAACAGACAAUCCUCGCAAAAGCCUCCAGAUGAGCUUUUCGAAAAAUUUCGCCUCUCUUUCCCAGAUGUCACAAGUACGGCCGGCGAGCAGCUCCAGUCUACUGCCAAUGGAAUCCAUGAACUAGAUAUGAACCCCGCUAGAUUCGGGCACGAAGAUCUUGAUCCUACACCUCGUGCGGCGGCAGAGCCGUUUCGAUUCACGCCGUCCUUGCUCGAUCCCACUUCUGCUGCUUUCGCUGCUUUCGCGAACCAACCGCCAGGCUAUUACACACCAACACCAGGGAACCCACAGCCGCCUCCGUUCUCAGAACCCAAUGUGGACCUCCAAACACCCAGUAUAGGCAUAGGUAUCGGACCCCCAAUCACCGCUGCUCCAAAUGCGACUCUCCUAAACACGACGCAAGCAUAUCCUACCCAUGCAAUUAACCCACAACAAUUCCAUAACUACCACCCAUUUUUAGCCCCAUCUCUCCAUCAAGACUAUGCACUUCACAAUUUCGAUGCCCCGGCAUCGCCGAAAGGCAGUCCGAUGGAGAUAUCAGGUCGUGAAGAUGAAAUAAAUGAGUUUAAACAAGCAUUCAAUGUCCCACAAGUGCUGGAAAGCAGGCAAGGCGUUUCACAUCCUAGGGCCGAACAAUUCCGGUUUCACGUGACAUUGAAUGCCCCAACUGCAAUGAUCCGGCAUCACGAUGAGAUUCCCGUCACUUACUUGAACAAAGGCCAAGCCUAUACAAUUAGCAUAAUUGAUACCUCCCCAUCCCCCCCUGUAAACGGUGGUGUCCGAUACCGUACAUUCAUCAGAAUAUCCUUCCAAGAUGAAGGUCAGAGGCAAAGAGCCGCUACUUGCUGGCAGCUUUGGAAGGAAGGAAGAGGUACCAACGAAGCACACCAACGAGGCGGGAAGUUACAGGCUGUAGAGUAUGUCAACACGCCAAUGAAUGGAGAAGACGAAAAGAAACGCGGCCGCAUGGAAAUUGACACCGCUUCUUUUGACGGGUUCUCUGUUUUGUGGACUCCUGCUCUGGGUGCAUUUGAAACCGUGGUCUCCGUUCGUUUCAACUUUCUCUCUACCGACUUUAGCCAUUCCAAAGGUGUCAAAGGUAUACCUGUUCGUCUAUGCGCAAAAACCGAAAUAUUGACCUCCGAUCCUCCUCCCCAGACUUCGAACGGACAGGCGGAGGUCUGUUAUUGCAAGGUCAAGCUCUUUCGCGACCAUGGAGCGGAGCGUAAGCUAGCAAACGACAUACUUCAUGUCAAAAAGACAAUGGAUAAACUUAAGCAGCAAGCGGAUGCCUCAGAAGAGUCUGGUAGUAGUAAGAAGCGAAAGGAUUCUAUGGCAAGUAACAAAUCAUCGAACCUAGAAAGCGGGAAACCCGGCAAAGCGGCCAAGCACAAGCGAACCUGGUCCAUAUCAUCUGCGAGCUCCACCGGCGGGAACAAGGUUAAUGAUGACGAUAUUAACCAGAAAAUCAAUGCCUUGCAAGAUAUGUUCACAAGCACGCGCCCCGUUAGUGUUUUAUAUUUAAGGGGCGAAGAGCAGGAUGACCCGGACCUGUACCCCGUCCAUCUUCCAGGCGAAUCUCAUGACAGCCUGGACGAAAAUUGGAUGAGGCGGCCAUCGGCAGCCAGCAUGAUGAGUAGUGCCAGCGCCUCGUCUUUUGUUUCUCCAAGUCCAAGUUCAGCAUCGCUUCCAAGUCACCACGAUUUCCAGGCUGGGGACCAGACCAGCCCCGAAAAUUUCCGUUCCGUUAGCCAACGUUUUGCACCUAAUGAAAUAACAAGAGUAAAAACAAGCAAUGAUGCGGGUAUACUCGCCGGUUGGAUAGAAGCUAUAGGCAUCGACCCAAGUUACGUUCCACCGGCUGACCGCCAAACGAAACCUAUCAUGUGCGUUUAUGUCCUCAAUACCAUGGCAUCAUCCGGAGCAGACCAAAACUAUUAUAAGGCGGUAUAUCUCCGCGAACGAUCGGAAACCUGUUUAACCAACCAAAUCGCCAUGAAGUGUGGGCUAGACCCCACUCACAUUAGACGGGUAAUCCGGAUCGAUGCUCGUGGCCUUCACAGCAUAGUUGAUGACGAUGUAGUCCGAGAAAUGAAAGAAGGGCAAGAUAUGAAAGUCCAAUUUCUUGAUAUUAGUAAUGCUAUGCUUUCUCCUCCACAGACGGAGUGGGCUCCAGAAAUGAAUGAGGAAUCGAAAGAUCUAUUUGAUAAAGGAUGGGAAAUGCGACUUUGUUUCUAG